CUAGAUAAUCAUCAAAUUGCACUUUUCACAUAUUCCUUUAAACUUUUCAUCAUGUCUGGCAUUGAAUAAAUGCGAACCUGCCUACCCCCUUUCACCUCACUGGGUCCAAGAAUCCAAGCUAAAGAUCACAUAUAUACCACACCAGUUUCACGCUAUAAAAACUAACACAAACCAAAACAAAAAAAGAAGAAAAAAGAAAAAGAAGCCUCUAACCGUUCUCUCACUCAACAGGGUCGCCAAUUUCCAAGCUCCAACAAUGGCGACCAAUGCCGUCAAGUCCAAGAAAUCCACACCGCGCUCCGACAAGACGAGCGCCAGGAUUUGGUUCUACUCGCUCCUGCUCACCUUGCAGUACGGAGCUCAGCCUUUGAUCUCCAAGCGUUUCAUCAGACGAGAGGUUAUUGUCACUUCUUCUGUUUUAACAUGUGAGAUAGCAAAGGUUAUUUGUGCCCUAUUUUUCAUGACAAAAGAUGGCACUUUAAAGAAAGUAUACAAUGAGUGGACUUUGGUUGGGGCGUUGACUGCAUCAGGACUUCCUGCAGCUAUUUAUGCACUGCAAAAUAGUCUACUGCAGAUUUCUUACAAGAAUCUUGAUUCACUCACAUUCUCAAUGCUGAACCAGACCAAAAUAUUUUUCACUGCUAUCUUUACAUACUUCAUAAUGAGGCAGAAGCAAUCAAUUCAACAAAUUGGGGCCCUUUUUUUGUUGAUCAUUGCAGCUGUCCUUUUAAGCAUUGGCGAAGGCUCUAGCAAAGGAACUAGUAGUGCUGAUGCUGAGCAAAUAUUAUUUUAUGGAAUUAUUCCUGUAUUGGUUGCUUCUGUACUCUCUGGACUAGCUUCUUCUUUAUGUCAAUGGGCUUCUCAGGUCAAGAAACACUCAUCGUACUUGAUGACUGUAGAAAUGUCUUUUGUUGGAUGCCUGUGCUUGUUGCUCAGUACCUCUAAGUCUCCAGAUGGAGAAGCUAUCAGACAACAUGGAUUCUUUUAUGGUUGGACUCCUCUAACUUUGAUCCCGGUUAUAUUCAAUGCCCUUGGAGGAAUUCUUGUUGGCCUAGUUACAAGCCAUGCUGGCGGUGUUAGAAAGGGGUUUGUCAUCGUUUCUGCACUUCUAGUCACGGCUAUGAUGCAGUUCAUUUUUGAAGGGAAACCGCCUUCAUUGUAUUGUCUUGUGGCUCUCCCAAUCGUGGUUUGUAGCAUUUCAAUAUACCAGAAAUACCCGUACCAAGUUAAAAAGAAGGAAUUGUAAAUUGUCACCACUACAGCAUUUGGUUAGAAAAAUUUCAAUCUGUAAAUGGUAGUUAGAACUUAGAGGAAUUCUUUUGGGAGUGUACUUGUAAGUACCCAAUCAAGGGAAUUGAGAAGACGCGCUAUGCUGCUUUCAUCAAAAUUCAUAACCAUUUGAAUGGGGUAUUGAUACAUGUUUGAGCAGUGCAGAAUCGUGUGGGAAGUUGAAUAUUUUUACAUUCAUAAGAACAAUGGACGUUUGAGUUGAGGUUAUAAGUAAAUUGAUGCCAAAACUUUGGCAGCAUUAUAGUUAUAA